AUGCAACAUGUAAAUCCCACCAACCUGAAAAACGUCGCAAAGACUCAGUUUGUCCUGCUCAAUCAUUUGUCAUCGUUGUGGUGCCCGGCGGAAGGUGGACCAGCUCCUCGCAUUGUUUGGAGAAAGAAUGGCGCUGUUGUGCAAAACAGCACUAGUGUGCGACUUCAAAUCAACGUCACUGAAGAAGAAGGAAAUACAAAUUACAGCUGCGAAGUGGACGACCAGGAGCCGAAAAACAUCAGUCUUGUUGUCGAGAAGUGCCCUCAACAGUGCCAAUGCAAAGUCCUUAAAGGUAACAUGAAGAACUUAGUAUCGGCCGACUGUGGAACGAAACAGCUUAAGUCAAUUCCAGAGAAAAUUCCCCGAGCUACAGGAAAACUCACGCUCUCAAACAACAAAUUGAAGCACUUGCCGAAGGAAGUUUUCAGCAGAAAUUCUAAUCUGAUAAAACUGGACUUGUCCAAAAACAAGUUGCAGAACUUGCCAGCAGGGGCCUUUAGUAACAACACAAGACUGGAAUAUCUGGACUUGUCCAACAACCAGUUACAGGAUUUACCACCAGGAGUGUUCGCUGGCAUUAGGGUUUCCUACGGGGGGACGUUGACGCUGGACCAAAAGUAGAUCAAGGUCUACAACUUACCCAGGUAAGUGUUGGGAUGAAAUGGGAGGA